CAAUUAAAUGCCUUAAUGACAGCCGCUUUGUUAGAAAAUCGAAAUGAAUUCGUUCAAUUUCUAAUCGAUCGUGAGUUGGUUGAAAUGUCAACAUAUCUAAGCGUCAAUACGCUGACAUAUCUCUACAAUAACAUCGACGAUCCAACAAACCUUCGAAGAGUCUUCGACCACUACAAAAUUGGGUUAAACCAAUCUCACAUCGCUUGCCAGCCCACCAAAAUUCGAGUAUCUAUUACUCAGAGGAACACCCUUUACGCAACUCCCAAAACCUUCUCUCGAGAAGCCGACAACAUUGUGAAUCGGGCAAUUCGUCGGAGAGAGGAAAGAGCACGACAGGACUGGAUAAAUCUGCCGACUAUUCAAAUCCUCUUGAAUGAAAUUUUAGGAAGUUUUCACAAUCCCCUUUACAUCACUGCUAAUGAACUUUUCAUUUGGGCCAUUCUGAACAAUCGUCACCAGCUGGCUCUAAUAUUCUGGCGUGAGGCCGAAGAUUCUCUGGCUCUCAGCUUAAUUGCCUGCAAUAUUUACGCAAAAAUUGUCUACUCUCUUCCUCACUAUGACACCGAAGGUCGACAGGCAAUGGACCACCAAAAGCACGAGUUUGAACAGUACGCCAAAUCGAUAAUCGGCCUUUGCUAUACGCGAUCAAGGUGGAAGGCUCUCUAUCUCUUGUUGAGACCAUUUACUACAUGGGGUAUGCACCAGUGCUUACCCUUGGCAAUGCGUGCGAACUGUCGUAAGUUCAUCUCCACCAUAGCCUGUCAAGAUGCAAUCAGAUUCGAAUGGCAAGCUGGAAUUCACGCGAAUGCCUUGCUAGUUGUUCUUGCCUAUAUCUUUCCACCUCUAGUACUCUCUUCCUUCGUCACCUUCUCCUACGGUAUUGUCCUUUUACACGGCCACUUUGAAAAUGAUAUAUUUAAGCGUCUCAACUGUAAUAUCAAACAAAUUGACAUGGGGAAACAGCCCGAUAUCUCUAAGAGGAAGAAGUUAGAAAUGUUCUACCAUGCUCCCAGAACUAAGUUCUGUGCUCACACUGCUUUUUACAUAUUUUUCUUGGCUUUCUUCUCAUACACUCUACUCUUCGGAAUGCGACCAGAGAAGAUAACUAUAUUGGAAGGAAUUCUGAUGUUAUAUUUGGGCUCUUUUUCCGUUGAAACUAUUCGAAAUUUUACAAAAUCGAAGGAAAAAAUGAGUCUGACCGUGCAGCACCUCUACCGAUGGUUAAAUGGUGACAAAUGGCAUGCUUAUGAUGCUGCUUUACUGGUUGCUAGUUUAACAACGGUGUGCCUGCGUAAUGGAAUGGAGGAGACGUAUAUUGUUGCAAAGACAUUCUACUCAAUUAUUUUGAUAUUCUAUUUUCUGCGUUUAUUUCAAAUGUAUUCAAUGAAUCGAAGACUUGGUCCUCAAUCAGUUAUGAUCUUUCAAAUGUUGGUAGAAUUGUCCAUAUUCCUUCUUAUUUUGAUGAUCUUCCUUAUUCCUUACGGAAUUGCCACCCAAGCUCUUCGGUUUCCAUAUCUUACUGAGUAUGAUUCGAGUUACCUAAAAAAUGCCCUGCAUUUCGCUUAUUACCGACUAUAUGAUGAUGUACCAAUGGAAGUCAACGAAGGGUGCGAAAAUUCUACCGCUGAUGGGAUACACUGUCCAGUCUACAAUUUUGUGGUUCCUUUACUUUUGGCAAUCUAUAUGCUUGUUGUGGUUAUUCUACUAGUUAAUCUACUGAUUGCUAUUUUCAGUAAUGUAUUUGAAGCUGUUGAAAAAGAGUCUCUACACUUUUGGAAGGCAACAAUGCUUCGACUGCUUUUUGAAUACAAGAAAGCUCCUAUUGUUCCAUCUCCAUUCAGCCUUUUUCAAUCACUCUAUGAGACAGUUAUCUACACCUAUGAAGCUUGCAUCAAGCGCUAUCUGAAUACAAAACGUCUUAGAAGAAACAGACAGAGCAAUAUUGAAGUCGGCAGGGUGAUUGAAUUAUGCGAGUCAAUUAAUGAAGUCGACGAGGAAAAUGAUGAAGAAUUAGAAAACGCAGACCGUGAUAUAGAAACUUACAAAAAUUCCGUCAUCCAGAUGCAACGCUGGGCUGUAGGCCAGGUGCUUCGCCAAAAGUCUUUUAAAGCGGCAAGCGGAGCUGUGAAUACCCACCGAAUUUCUAAGACCGGGCUAGUCGUAAAACGUCACCCACUAACAGGCAGCGAGAGUUAUCUGUCCCCAAUGCCGCAUCAUUGGAGUUCUUCAAGUGAUGGACACGGAAAUACCUUAUUUAUAAAGUUCGUUCUAGUAUUGCUAUUAUACGAGGGUUUUAGUUCAAUUAAUGGUUCGAAGACUUACAUCGAUCCUCGGUUGUCUCUACCAUUUUUAUCUGUCCCCAAAUGUCGACUCGAAAAAAGUAUUCGAUUUGACAAUUUAGCCACUGUUUCUGAGGUUUUAAACGAUUGCAAAGUAACUGGGAAGCUUAUAAUUAUCCUUGGUGGAACGAGUGGAAUUGGAUUGCAUCUGGCGAAGUCUUUUAUUCAACGUGGUGCAAACGUUUUCUGCCUGUCUCGAGAACCACCCCAUGUUAAAUGGUUCCCUUUUCCUUCGCUUGAUAGCUCCAAAACACUGCCGGAAAGUCAUCUCUUUUGGACACAUUUGGAUCUCACGUGUUUGCAAACUGUUGUCGAUUUUGUGGAGAACAUGUCUAAAUUUGGAUGGCCAAUCGAAUCAGUUAUAAUUUCUUCAGCAUGCUUACCCGAGCCCACUCAAAACCUUAAAUCCGUGGACGGUUUCGAUUCCAUUUUGCAAAUCAAUCUUUUCGCUCCAAUACUCCUAAUCCGCUUGCUAUUGCAUCGAUUAUGUUUCACUUCAAACUCCACCGUCGUAUUUGUGUCCUGCAGAGCUCUACGGUAA